AUUGUUUCGAAAUUUAGAAUAACUAGCGUAUUCCUACAAUUAAGAUGUUGAAAUUUGUGCUAAUUAUUUCGUUUUAUUCAGCGUUAUGUUCUGCGGUGCCAACGAAUCCAAUUAUAUCCAAAGUUGAACCUGGCUUACGAUAUCAAUAUGCUCAGGAUUCCGAUGGCAACAACCAUCUAGUUGACCUAUGGAUGUCGAUAAAUGACCUUUCUGAAGCUGCAAGAUUCUUUCCAGAAGUUUCUAACGUCUAUCAUCUCUUCACAAGGUCAAAUCCUACAAGAAGUCAACCUUUAUUGCUUAACAAUGUCAAUAUGUUACAAGAGUCAAACUUCGACGGCAGCAGAAGAACUAUAGUCUUAAUCCACGGUUGGAUGAAUUCUGGAACAUCCGAUUUUAAUAUGGCUUUAAUUCCAGUUCUUCUUGCUGCGGAAAAUGUUAACGUUAUCGUUGUUGACUGGAGUUCUGGAGCUAACUCGCUCAACUAUAGAAUUGUCAACUGGAACAGUGUGACGUCAGGGGAAGCAGUGGCCAAGUUCAUCAACUUUGUCAAUCAAUGGACAGGCUCAAAUUUAAGCCAAUAUCACAUUAUUGGACAUGGAGUUGGUGGCCAUAAGGCUGGUGUUGUGGGAAGAAAUCUUAAUGGGCAAAUAGGUUACAUAACUGGUUUGAACCCUGCUCUCAUUGGUUGGGUUAACAAUAUAGAUAGAUUAUCACCAAGUGAUUCAUUGUAUACUGAAGUUAUACAUACAAACUACUUGACCGGAUAUGUGGAAGAGCUGGGACACGUCGAUUUCUACCCCAAUGGGGGCAUAUCAAUGCCUGGAUGUGACUCUAAUGAGUGCGACCACGCAAGGAGUUUCUUCUACUUUGCUGAAUCGGUAACAUCAGGCGGAUUCACCGGGAGAGAAUGUUUAAACUAUUAUGCAGCUGUACUUAGAAUGUGUGAUUUUCUCUCAGGACGUCUACAAAUGGGCGGUUUAACACCUAAAUACGGCAAAACUGGCGUAUACUAUUUGGAGACAAACGGCGCUAGACCUUUCUCGCAAGGAUAACAUAAAGGUGUAUUUACAUGUAAGGCGGGAUAUUAAUAAAUCAUAGUACCAAAAA